CACAACGUUGUGUGGCCCGAACAGAAGUUAUCAUCACCACCUGAUUAUGUCAUCUCAAGCGGAGACAUUCCAUCAAACGCAUCCACUGGAAGAAUCAGUUGUUCGAAAGUUUCUAGAAAAGAAACUGGGUGUCAAACCACUAUCUGUUACCUCACCGCCAGAAAUUUGGGCAGCAUACCAUAAAAUUUAUGUCGCCACAUUUGAGCACUCUGGAGACUUAUUUCUUCGCGUGUCCAAGCCAGCCAUUCCCGAAUGGAAGACAAGAAACGAAGUGGCAUGCAUAACCUGGGCUCGACAACAUAUUCCCGCCUGCCCUACACCUGAAGUUGUCGCUUGGAGCGCGACGACCGACGAGCUGGGAUAUGAAUAUGUGUUACUGCGCCGCAUGCCAGGGCGUGAUCUCGGAGCCAUAUACCUAGACUUGACGGAAGAUGACAUGACCAAUGUCAUUCGCCAGGUUGCUGACAUGUGCAUUGCCAUGGCCAAGUUGCCAUUUGACAAAAUAGGCGGUCUGACCAUCAGUGAUACUGGCGUUAUCGAGCCUGGGCCGGUUAUCGAAGAGACGUCGUAUGAGAUGGAUCAUUUCCAACAGUUCUGGAAGGACGACCAUCCUGAUGUGCGGUUUGAACAAUUGCAACUAGGAGGGCCAUUUGAAAACAUCACCGCUUAUUUCAUAGCUCGACUCCAGCGCGACUUGUUCGUUCUGGCUGCUCACAAACGAUGUGCUCGUCUUCGCGAAACCUUAGAUCCCCUUAUUCGAGAAUUGUUGAACUCCUUGUCCCACACCGAGGUUCAAAAGCAUCUCGAUAGCAAACCCCUUGUCAUGGCUCAUCAAGACUUGCAUCUCGGCAACUUGCUGUGGGAGCACCAUCUCACGGGAGUCUUAGACUGGGAAUUUUCUGGUAUCACGCCUAUAGACCAGUGGAUUCGACGUAAUACAUUUCAAGGGUUUUCUCAAGACAUCAAUGAUCGGGCGGUCAAAUGGAAACAACAGCUUGCGGAGGAAAUCAAAGCAAAGGCCCCGGAAAUCUCGGAUAUGCUACACAUGGCUCCCAUCAAAGAUAAACUUCUUACACUGAUCAGUCUUACCUACUGGAUCGUUCAUUGCACCGUUACAGAUACACAAGCCGACGACCGCAAGGCGUGGCUGCAAAGAUUUACCAACACAUUGGCCGAUUACAAAGCCAUCGUUCAAGAGCUGAAAUAGUUGUUUUAAUGGAAUGGCAAACAAGAUUAUUUAGUGUGAAGAGUUAUAUAGUAAUUUUGAACAUCGUGUAAUGUAAUGUUAUGUUUUAACUGUAGUGUAGACUAAGAACGUUCGUGUAAGUGCACGUUGUGUACAGUAGCGAAAAAAAAAAAAAUAGUUGCCAAUACACCCCAAGC